UAGGUUCAUGCAACUAAUCGGAUUAUCUGAAAUGGUAACUUUAUAGCAAUUCAUCUUGUUCGUGUAGUACUGUAACAGAUGUAGGACAUGGUCAAUACUCAACAGUAAACACCCUUGUUGGCGUAGCUCCAUAUUAGUCCAUACUAAACACUGUAUGCAGUCAUCGUAUUUUAACUACCCACUUUGGUACUUGGAGACUGAUAGGGCUUUUGAUAUGAGAUAAGGACUGAGAUGUAUCAGGGAGCGGAUAUAGGGAUAACAUGCAUGGCCAACAAAGAUGACAUCAAGACCAUGAAACUUUAUUCAAACGUGGACAGGAUUUACAACGAAUUAAAGAAUGCAGGAUAUAAGGAGGAUGAUGCACUGAAGGUUAAUGUUCUUAAUAAAUUUGACAACUACCAUUACCACGGGGUUCAGGCUGUAGAUACUGCAGCACAAUUACUGGAUAUUGGGUCAGAAAGUCGUGUACUAGACGUAGGGUCUGGAUUAGGGGGCCCUGCACGGUAUAUUGCACAACAUUAUAACUGUGAAGUUACAGCUGUAGAGCUACAAGAUGAUGUGAACAGAACUGCCAAAGACCUGACUGAAAGAUGUGGCCUUGGCGACAAAGUUCAUCAUGUCGUUGGCGAUUUCAUGUCAAUGGAACCAGGCGAGGACAAAUUCGAUGUGAUUGUGAGCUGGUUGGUCUUUCUACAUAUACCCGACAAGAGGCGGCUAUUACAACAGUGCUACGACCAUCUCAAACCAGGGGGUAAAAUAUAUAUAGAAGAUCUCUAUGCGAAGGGACACUUUAGCAAAUCUGAGCUGGAUGAUUUAAAAUGCGGGGUGUUCUGUGAAAAUCUGCCUUCCUACAGCGAAUAUCUCAAUGUCUGCACUCAAGCAGGAUUUUAUGAAAUCAGAAUGACGGAACUGACCAACGACUGGGCUGUAUAUUGCAGCCAAAGAUACGACAACUACGUGAAGCAGAAAGAAAGACAUGUUUCUGUGCAUAAUGAGCAAAUAUAUCAAGAACAGAAAUAUUUCUUUGAUACAAUGAACAAACUUUUCAAUGGGCAAAAUUUAGGAGGAUGUCGUAUUAUGGCAACGAAACCAAGUUAACUCGACAUUUAUUUUAUUAUUCAAAACUUACCCUAACAU